GUUCCGGUCGGGCCGUCGGCCCGGCAGGGGAGGGUGGUCAGGCCGCUUCCCGUCCCGCCCCGCCUGGCGCGGUUCUGGCUGAGCGGCGGCAUGGAGAAGCUGCGGCGGGUGCUGACCGGGCAGGACGACGAGGAGCAGGGACUGACGGCGCAGGUCCUUGAUGCCUCAACACUCAGCUUUGGUACUCGUAUCAGAUGGUUUGCCAUAUGUUUUAUUGCUGGCAUUGCGUGUUCUGUGCUUGGAACAGCAUUGCUAUGGCUCCCAAAAGGGAUCAAACUUUUUGCAGUUUUUUACACCCUGGGAAAUAUUGCUGCGUUAGCCAGUACCUGUUUCCUGAUGGGGCCAGUGAAACAAUUGAAAGCAAUGUUUGAGCCAAAAAGAUUGAUAGCUACAAUUGUGAUGUUGCUUUUCCUAGUAUUGACUCUGUGUGCUGUAUUCUGGUGGAACAAAAAAGGUUUGGCAGUGUUAUUCUGCAUAUUGCAGUCCUUGGCAAUGACGUGGUAUAGCCUCUCGUAUAUUCCUUUUGCAAGGGAUGCUGUGAUCAAAUGCUUCUCAUCCUGUCUGGCAUAAAUUAAAAGCAGAAACCACUAUAUUCUUGAAAAGUCAACUUUUAUUCUGCUGUGGAAUUUUGCUGGGAAAACUACACUUUUCCACUCAUGAACUACUCAGUAGAAGUACCCAGUUUGGUAAUUUCCUUGUCUUUUGCAUUUGAGGGCUUAAAUAAUUUUUACUAGAAACAGUUUUAAAAAUAAAUUGGGUGAACUGUUUGUGUUUACCCUAUACCUUUUUGACUUUUCUUUUUUUAACAAAAAAGUAUUUAAAUCCUUUAUGCAGAGUAGUCUUAAAACUACCUUGCAUCUGGUAGCAGUUUACUCCCCAGUGGAGGAAAACCACUAAGAUCUGGGUAGUGUGCAUCAAGAUUUCAUUUACAGUCCUGUCUAAAAUUUGCAGUGUGCCAUUUAUGUUUGUAUAUUAUUCACUGUAUGCUUUUUCCAAAGACAGAGUUUUAUAAAUGUUGUAAAGAUUUGGUAAGUUAUAAUUAACUGCUCCUUGGAAAUGUCUAUACAUGUGCCUUAUGGAAAAGAGCUUAAUGAGAAUAUGUGAAAGGUCUGUUUAAAGCUUGUUGAAUUUUAUUAAAAAGCUCUAUUUUAAAUGACUUUUUUUUACUUUCAUACUUAAAUACUUCAUAUUAGAAGAACUCAUGGCUAAUAUAUAAAUGAGAUGUGAAAUAAAGUAACUUUAAAGGCA